AUGACUCUGCAAAACCAUACCUAUACACCCGCAAUACUUCUGAUCGAUAUACCUCCCUCGAUCUUAUGUGGAAUUGAUCUUUUAUCAUUUACAACGUCUCCUAGGUUCCUAGGAAUCAAAGAUCUUCCGCCAGGCUUUCAUUUCAUCUUCACCUCUGAGACUUCAUCUCUUUCCCUACGAGACGGCUUCUGGUUUCAUGUACCUCAGCCGAACAGAGAUUUAGCGCCACUUCUCAUUGUGUGCAAAUGGGACAGUCAGAGAGGCUGCCUCACGUCGCUAAAUGAUACUGAGAGCUACCGAGCAAAGCUGACCGACAUCUGGGACACUGGUCUCAGUCCUUAUCGGCAACGCGCGCAGAAGGAAGCACUAAUUGAGUCUGGCGAUUGGGACUUACUCACAACACACGUCACGCCUCAGACGCUGAGACAUCUAUCCCAAAACGAUCACUGGAGUCUCAACUCAGCAGGUUGCGCUACUGUGGAUCAAGACGAUAUCCCUGGGUUGAAUAUUGAAGAAAUUGGAUAUGAGGAACGGAAGCUUGGAGUUUUAGGCAUUGAUCUUAAGCGAACAUGGCCGAAAGAGGCUGUUGGCAGGGAGCGAACCGAUGCAGCUAUCGAUAGAACCUGGGCACUUGAAGGCCUUGUCAAGAGAUGGAAAAGUGACACGCAUGGCUGGGGGCAUAUACUUCUGGGGCAGAUGGAGGUUUGCUUCAUCAUGAUCUUGACACUGGCAAACUACUCUUGCUUGGAAGAGUGGAAGAGGUGCUUGAACUUGGUCUUGACAUGUAGAAGAGCGCUGCGUGAGCAUGAGCAAUUCUUCGUGGAUUUUUUGGUUUUACUGAGGAAGCAAAUCGAAAGGUGUGAGGAUGUUGAAGGAGGUCUAUUUGAUAUGACAGACGAGGGUGGAUCACUGUUGAAAAGUAGAUUGAAAGGUUUCAAACAGAUACUGGGGCAGGCUUUCUCUUUGCCUGAAGGCGAAGACGUAAAGGAAGAAAUGGAAGAGCUUGAACAGACGUUGAGUAGAAUGUAUGACUGGAACUUGACAGAGAAUUACGUCAAAAGAGGAACGUUGGAGCUUGAAGAUGGCGAGACAGUAGGCAUAGUUCUGAAUGGCAUGGAUGAGGAAGAAGACGGAGAAUAUGCGCCCGUCAUCGUGGAGCUCGAUAACACGUGA